CAAUGAUCCUGUUUUCAAGCCACUAUAGCUCACAGCUUCAUGACUAUUGCAACAAUUAGGGUUGCCUGGUUGACUUGUGACAAUGACUCGUUUAAACAAUUAGCCUCACUUCUUCUAUAAAUCAUCUGACAAACAUGGGAAACGUUUCUAUACAGCGGCUGUUGCAGAGUUUCUACUCUCUCUCUCUCUUUCUCUAUUGAUCUUCUUGCUUCAUGGCUCCAAGUGUACAUGCUGGCUCGCCUCCUACAGUUCUGGAAAUUGAUUCUGGAGAGAAACGUCUAAAUGAGCUCGGAUACAAGCAAGAACUCAGAAGAGAAAUGACCUUGUUGAAGACGCUUGCAAUUACAUUCUCGAGCAUGGCAGUUUUUACUGGAACACCUCUAUAUGGCCAAAGCCUGCUUUAUGCAGGACCUGCAAGCAUGAUCUGGGGAUGGCCGGUGGUCACAUUCUUCACCUGGUUUGUUGGAAUAGCCAUGGCUGAAAUUUGUUCCUCUUUUCCAACCACAGGUUCGCUUUACUUUUGGGCUGCUCAUUUGGCUGGACCCAGUUGGGGGCCUUUUGCAUCUUGGUGCUGUGCCUGGCUCGAGACCAUUGGUGUAAUUUCUGGGAUUGGUGCUCAGGCAUAUUCAGGAUCACAGGCACUGCAGAUGAUCAUUCUUUUGUCCACUGGAACAAACAAGGGUGGAGGCUAUUUUGCUUCAAGAAGUGUAUUCUUGUGUAUGUAUAUAGGCUUUACUAUGAUAUGGGCAGUUCUAAACACUUUCGCUUUAGAAGUCAUUGCAUUCCUCGACAUAAUCUCCAUGUGGUGGCAGGUUUUCUAUAUAAUUAUAAUUUUCCAUGAAUUUUCUCACUUUAUAGCUGAAAUAUAUAUGUCUUUUCGAGCAGUUUCAUUGAUCUUGCAGGUGAUAGGGGGUUUAGUUGUUAUAAUAAUGCUUCCUCUGGUAGCAAAAUCCACACAGCCCGCUUCUUAUGUGUUCACUCAUUUUGAAACAUCACCUGAAUCAACUGGGAUUAGCAGUAAACCUUAUGCAGUAAUUAUGUCUGUGCUCCUCAGCAACUACUGCCUGUACGGCUACGAUGCUGCAGCUCAUUUAACCGAAGAAACAAAAGGGGCUGACAGGACUGGUCCUAUAGCCAUCCUUUCCAGCAUUGGCAUCAUCUCGGUUUUUGGAUGGGCUUAUUAUUUAGCUCUUACUUUCAGUAUCAAGGAUCCUAGCUAUUUGUACGAUGGGAACAAUGAGACUGGAGGUGCACUAGUUCCAGCACAGAUAAUUUAUGAUGCAUUUCAUGGAAGGUAUCAUAAUUCAGCAGGCGCUGUAAUUUUCCUAUGUAUCAUCUGGGGAUCCUUCUUCUUCUGUGGACUUUCAGUGACUACAAGUGCUGGCAGAGUGGUCUAUGCUCUAUCAAGAGACAAUGGGAUUCCAUUUUCACCAGUAUGGAGAAAAAUACAUCCAAAAUACAAGGUUCCAAGAAAUGCAGUGUGGCUAUGUGCAGCCAUCAGCAUCAUUCUUGGGCUACCCAUAUUGAAGCUUGAUGUGAUUUUCACAGCCAUCAUAUCAAUAAGUACAAUUGGAUGGGUUGGAGGGUACGCUGUUCCAAUAUUAGCGAGGCUGAUGAUGGAUGAGAAGAACUUCAAACCUGGACCAUUUUAUUUGGGCAGAGCAAGAAGGCCAAUUUGCUUGGUAGCCUUCCUGUGGAUUUGCUAUACUUGUUCAGCAUUCUUAUUGCCAACAAGCUACCCAAUCCGAUGGAAAACUUUCAACUAUGCACCAGUUGCUCUCGGGGUGUGUUUGACACUGAUAAUGCUUUGGUGGGCAUUGGAUGCAAGGAAAUGGUUCAAGGGUCCUGUAAGGAAUAUCGAUAGGCAGCAUGGAGAUGCUUAAAUGGAUUUAAAAUGAAAUGGAAUUAUAAGAGCUUGAUGAUAAGGCGAAAACAGCGUCCGCAGCUCUAUAUUCUUGGUGACAGGCCAGAGGUCUGAUUUUCCAAAUAUUAAAUCUAAUUAUUCCUAUUUUUAAUGUUGUUUGAGAGAUUUUUGAUUUUUGAAAAAAAAAAAUUCCAAGUAAUUAUUGAAAGAGUAAU